UUUCCGGCCGCCGCUCUAUCCGGCGCCGCGUCUAUGCCCGCGGCGCUGGGGGAUGUUUAUUGUCGCGGGGAGUCGGCGCAGGACCCGGAAGGCCGCCGGGCGCCAGCGGCGGGGCGCCUAGGAACCGGCACCCCCGCCCUGACCCGCCCCGACCGCCCGCCCGCACGGUAACGGCUGCUGCCGGCCGACGGGCCGCGCUCCUCCUCCCUCCUCGGCGCCGCCUCGAGAGGCCGCGGCUCGGCGGGACCCGCAGCUCCUGCCUGGGGGCACGCGGCCCCGCCGCCCCCGCGCUCCCCUCGUCCCUUCCUUCCCACCCUUCUCGCCCCGCUCCCCUCGUCCCUUCCCGGUUGCGGUGAAGGAAGCGGCGCGGGCCCACCCCCCGCCUCGCUGGGGCUCGGCCGUUACUCCCGCCGCCGCGGUGCCGUUACUCCCCCCGGGGACGGCGGGCGGGCGGUGCGCGGCUGCGGCCACCGUGUCAGGGAGGUUCCCCGUGCAGAGCAUCCUCCAAACGGCCGGUUCCCCGGCAACCGGCGGAACGAGUCAACGAACCCUCGAAAUAACGUGCCCGGCCCCAGGGGCUUUAUAACGCCCCCCGCGGCCGGCAUCGCUGCAAGUAACGAAGAACCGGGUGCCCAACGCCCGAGCCUGGCGUGGCUUAGGCCGCCUUCGCCUGCGCUUUGUCUCUGCCGGACUAGCCAGGGAAGUUUUCGGCUGGGGUUGAAGGAGAGAAGACAAAAAAAAAACCAAUCGUUUGUGCACCCGAGUGUUGUGACAGUGGCACGCGUAGGGCUUCGAGGCAGAGUCCCAGCAAGGCGACUAGGGAUGUGAUCUUCAUGGUGAGCUGCUGGGAAAACUGAGUUGUAAAUCACCCCAAUGGAUGCGGACAGCGACGUUGCAUUGGACAUUUUAAUCACAAAUGUAGUGUGUGUUUUUAGAACAAGAUGUCAUUUAAACUUGAGGAAGAUUGCAUUAGAGGGAACAAAUGUGAUAUACAAGCGUGAUGUUGGGAAAGUAUUAAUGAAGCUUAGGAAACCUAGGAUUACGGCCACAAUUUGGUCCUCAGGAAAAGUUAUUUGCACAGGAGCCACAAGUGAAGAAGAAGCUAAAUGUGGUGCCAGACGAUUAGCUCGUAGUCUGCAGAAACUAGGUUUUCAGGUAAUAUUCACGGAUUUUAAAGUUGUGAAUGUUUUAGCAGUGUGCAACAUGCCCUUUGAGAUCAGAUUGCCAGAAUUUACGAAGAAUAACAGACCUCAUGCGAGUUAUGAACCAGAACUUCAUCCUGCCGUGUGUUACAGAAUAAAAUCUCUCAGAGCUACCUUACAGAUUUUUUCCACAGGCAGUAUCACCGUUACAGGGCCAAACGUAAAGGCUGUCGCCAGUGCCGUGGAACAGAUUUACCCAUUCGUGUUUGAAAGCAGGAAAUAAAUUUUAUAAUUCACCACUUGAUGGUUAGGGAACCUAACCAAGCACCUUUAAAGACUGCUGCACAUUGGACUAAAAGCAAAAAAUGAAACUGGACCAACCAUAGCAGAGGAAUACAGACUCUUUUACUUGCUCGUGGCCACAGUAUAAACUACAGUUCUUUUGGAUUUUACUCUUUAACAGUGCUGUAUUGUAAAAACGGAAGUUUACAAGAUAUGAAAUUGCUGCUUUUAAAAAGACAUUCUAUUUAUUUUUGCAGUAAUUUCUGUGUAUUCAUAAACAAAGCUGUCACGAUGUGCACUACCUUUAAAACUUUUUUUUUUUUAGUUUGAGCUUGUGUUUUAUUUGUUGAAUAGUCUUUUACAUUUUUGUAUGCUGAAUAUUGGGCACCAAAGAAGCUGUAAAAGUUCUCUUUUUUCACCUGAUGAAUGUGCACAAAUAAAAGUUUGGAAAAUAUUUCUCUUCA